AUGGCGACUCCAGCUGAUGCUAGAGCUGUCAAGUCUCUCAACAACUCUGAGGGAUCGAAUAAAUUUUCGUUCGAGAAGGUCUGUGUGAAAAUGCAAAAAGCUAAAACAGAAGUUCUCAAUGUCUUUAAGAGCUUGGAGAAGGUGAAGGCUGAGCCUUCACAUGGUUCCACGUUUCUCAAGGAUUGCCUCGUAGAAUUGAGGGAACUGAAUACAGCAAAACAUUUUAUUAAAUCCUAUGAAACGAUGUUGCCCUCUGUUCAAACACUGCCGUUGGUUAUCUCCCAAAAAGAAAUAAUCUUCUUAAAGCUUGUCUCUGGAUUGCAUAAGGAUGCAAUACUCUCUCUGGAAGCCUUUCUCGGGUUGGUUGCUGCUCUAUCGAGAGAUCUCUUGGACAGCUUCAUUCCCUUCCUACCACGGCUUGUUAAGUGCUUAGUGACAUUCCUGAAGAAUGGUGGUCAGGAAGAGCCAAAGAUUGUUAAGCAGAUAUUCGUUUCAUGGUCGCGCAUAGUAAUGAACCUGCAGAAGUAUCUUAUCUGCGACAUCGAAGGUGUUCUCCGGGAUACACUGGAGCUUAGGUACUACCCCGUAGAAUUUAUCAACGAAUUGAUGUCAUUUUCGAUGGCACUUUUGUUGAGGACUGCACGGGUUGAGCAACUCGAGAUAGGGAUCAAGAUGAUCCUUUCUGAAGUUUCAGACCCACUGAAUAAAUGUGGAGGAGCUAUUCUACUAUAUCAAAUUAUGAUGGAUACUUCUGGGAAACGUCUCCAUUCCAAAGCUGGAAACGCUUUAAGUUUCUUGCUGAAAGAUUCAACAUUGUCCUCUUGUGAUUCCGGAGGCAAUAAAGUAGAAGCUGUGAGUUCAGCUUUGCAAAGAAUAUGCAAGGAAACUAAAGCAGAGGAAUUAACCGUUAUGUGGAACUGUUUAUUUAAAGAGACAAAAGAAUCAAUCAAAAACAAAAACUCAGCUCAUUUGAGUCGACUCUUGACACUGCUUACUUCAGCUGUUGGGGUUGGGAAAGGUCUCAAAGUUGAUGAUUACACAUACUUGGUUGGACUCGUGAGCCAGAUUGUACCAACUUUUAUGGAUUCCUCUGAUGUCCUAGAUAAAUUUCUGGGACUGAUGUUAUGCACCAUUGACAUACCCAGUGAUGUCAAUGAAAUUGAAUCCAUUGCUUCACAGUUGACCCCUAUUUUUUCGUUGAAGAGUUUAAGUUUGCUAAAUUUCUUCCGGGGGCUGCUUCAGAAGAAGGGUGAAUUAUUAGUGCAAGCCUUUGCGAGUAAUAUAUUAAGUUGGAUCAACAAUAUGAUUACGGAGUCAUCAGACGAGGUUAUUCCUCUGUUAUUAUCACUGUGUAAGAAGCAGCAAACUAGUCACGACAAGGUGGAUAUUGUAUAUGGAUCAUUUGAUAGUAUUCAGGAGUUCUUGGAAGACAAGAUUAAGAAUAUUCAAACAGAUGUAGAGAAUAAAGGAUUAGCUCAGAUUCAUAAGGCUGAGUUGGCUGCUGUCUGGGGAGCUGUUAAUUGCUUUCCCUUUUUCAAAGUGGAUUCAUCAUUACUGAUUCGCUUCAAGAAUACACUGAAACAGCAGUUGGCUGCCUCAGUUGUCAGCGGUUCUAGUGCUCAGGAACUGAUGUGGCAGAGCUUACUUGGUGCUGCUUUGAGGUCAUGUCUCAAAAUCAAUUCUACUGGAGGACUCAUCCACCAGAGUGAUGUAGAGGAAGCUUUGUCUCUUGCUAAAUGUUACAAGUCAUGUGUACAAGUGCUGUCUCCUGUGGCCGACUAUUUGGAUUCUGUGUAUAGACCUCUAAACUCUAAGCCAUGUCAAGAACUCCAAGCAAACAAUGCUGAAGAUGCAUUUGACAGAUUUUCUGAAAAUUUACGUCACCCCAACAAAGACAUCCGUCUUAUGACGUUAAGGAUCUUGUGCCAUUUUGAAACUUUGUCUCCUGACCCUUGUGUUGAAGAGCAUCGUCCAAUGAAGAAGAUGAAAACUGAAUUUUCCUCUAAAACGAAUGAUGUCACUACGAAUGUUCUUCAGUUAGUGAAAACAGUUGAAGAAUCUCAUCCCACUUUACCGAGUAAGAAGGAUUUGGCCGCAAUACGGCAUCUCCCUGAUGGCAGGAUACAUGAUGCAUAUGUGCCGCUUGUAUUCAAUGGAAUGAUAGGGCUAUUUCAUACAAAUAAUGAAUCUACUGAAAUAUGGGAACCAGCAUCUAAGUGCCUUGCUGUGCUUCUGAAGAAGCACACAAACGCGGUGUGGAACAAUUUUGUUCAUUAUUUGGACCAGUACCAACUAAAACUUGGAGCACACUACAAUCAUAGUGAGAAUGAAAAUUACAGCACUUCACAGAAGCACACUGGUCUGAUGGAGAGUUUCCAUGCAUUUCUCUUCCCGCCUUAUAAUAUUGCGCCUACAACAGAUGUAGUAUCUCUGUUGCUAAAGACCUUACAGAAAGUCCCCAAUGUUGCUAAGUCUCAUGCCUCUGAUGUUCUCCCUCUACUAUUGAAGUUUAUGGGGUACAACACCGAAAACCCUUUGAGGGUUGGAUUAUAUAACGGUGAAGCUUGUGAAGGAAAGGAGUGGAAGGGGUUGUUUAAACAAUGGCUGACUUUGCUGAAGCUGAUAAAGAUUACAAGGUCGUCACGUUUUAGUCAAUUUGUAAACGACGUUUUGCAGUACAGGUUCUUGGAUGAUAAUGAUGCUGAAAUUCAAAUGAGUGUCCUCGAGUGCGUUGUGUUGUGGAAUGACUAUUUACUCCCACACCGCCAUCGUUUGGAGAAUCUCAUCAAACGUAAAAAACUGAGAGAAGAGCUCGCGACCUGGAAGUUCUCCAAUGACAUUGAGGAAGCUCACAGAUCUCACUUUGUUUCUCUUUUAAUUAGAAUCCUUAUGCCAAAAGUUAAGAGUUUAAAGAACUCAGAGCCGCGUAAGAGUAAAAGUAUUAGUGACAGGGAGGCCGUUCUUGGUGUUAUAUCUCAGCUGGAUGUUAAUGAAUUGUCCCUGUUCUUUGCAUUGUUGAUGAAGCCUUUGAACAUCAUAUCAGAUGAAGCAACGGACUUGUUUUGGAGCUCAGGCAAAAGCUCUCUUGAUUAUUUCCAAAAGUCGAAGUGCUCCGAAUAUAUCAACCUAGAUGCUCUUUCUACCUUAUCAUGGAAGAAGAAAUCUGGUUUACUUCAUGUCAUCCAAAGCAUACUUAAAGUCUUUGAUGUGUUCCAUGUCCGACCGUUUCUAGACUUUCUUAUGGGAUGUGUUGUCCGGCUAUUAGUAAACAAUGCUCCAAAUAUCGAUGAAGAAAGUAACAUUGAUAAAGAGAUUGUCUCAACAAAUCACAACCAGGCUGGCACUUGUUUAAAGCAGUUUAAAGUGUUGAGAUCCUUAUGUCUGAAGAUUAUUGCUUGUGUUCUAAAAAAGUACGAGGAUUGUGAUCUUGGCUCUGAGUUCUGGGACCUCUUUUUCUCAGCAGUGAAUCCGUUAAUCAAGAGUUUUAAGCAAGAGGGUUCUAGCAGUGAGAAACCAAGCUCAUUGUUCACAUGCUUCUUGUCAAUGAGUAAAAGCCCCAACCUCGUCACCUACCUAUGUCGGGAAGAGUCUCUUGUUCCAGACAUUUUCUCAAUUCUAACAGUCAACACAGCGACAGAUGCUAUAAAGUCCUCUACCUUGAGUUUCAUAAAGAACCUGCUUAGCCUUGAAAAUGACAUGGAGGACGAUGACCAUAUGAUGAAAGGCUUCUUAAAUCCAUACAUAGACGCACUGAUUAACAACUUACAUUCUCUUUCCCGCUGGGAUAUUUUCAAAAGGACAUCAUUCAAGUAUCAUGGAGAAAGAGAGAUUAAGAUUCUUAAACUAUUGGCGAAGCAUAUCAGAGAUGAAUCUCAUGUGAUGAAGUAUUUGUGUGUCUUGCUGUCUUUCUUGGACAAACGUGUGAAAGAUUCUGGUAUUCAUCGUGAGGCUUUGCUAGCCAUUCAGGACAUCACACCGUUGCUUGGUAGUAAGAGUAUUAACAAAAUUAUUGAUACAGUCUCUCCUCUGCUUGUUGACGCUGAACCUGAUGUUCGAUUAUGCAUUUGCGACCUUCUUGAAUCUCUUGCAAAAAUGGACUCUUCUCUGGAUCGAGUGGCAAAAUGUGUGAGCGAUAUGAAUGCAACCUCACCCAUGGAAGUUGAUGACCUUGACUAUGAAACGAUAAUUGAUGCUUACGCGAAAAUUGAUGUGGAUUUCUUUUACAAAUCCUCGGAGCGGCACAUGAUGAUCAUUCUCUCACAGAGUCUAUACAACAUAACGUCAAAAGAAGUUACCUUAAAGGAUUGCGCAUGCAGCCUCUUGUGUACUUUUAUUGAAUUUUCAGCCUCUAUACUUUGCCAAGAGGCCUCAGCUCACUCGGACAUUGGCAAAGAUGUUUCAGAAUCUGGUGCAAGCUGGACAGGCGAUCGCGUGUUGUGGAUUAUGAAUAAGUUUAUUUUGAAACAUAUUGGUGAUGCAGUAAACAAAGGAGUCUCUAGUGGAAAGGGUGAGAUUAUUUUGAUACGCAAAAUGGUGAUGGAACUUCCAGAUUCGGGGAACCUUGCUGCAUUCAGACCUUUAUGCUCUGAAAACGAUGACAUUGAUUUCUUUAAAAACGUCUUUAGCAUUCAGGCACACCGUAGAGCAAAGGCAAUUAAUCGUUUUGCCAAGGAGAUCAAAGAUAGCAGUCUGCCUGAGGGAGUUGUGAGAAACCUCUUGGUGUCAAUCUUUUUCAACAUGUUGCUUGAUGGACAAGAAAGAAAAGAUCUACUAAAAAAGGGUCAAAAUAGUAAAGAUCAAAAUGUCUAUGAUGCAUGCGAAGAAGCGCUUGCAUCCCUGUCUGCACAUAUGAGUUGGGAUUCAUACUACGCUCUAUUGAAUCGGUGUUUCAAUGAGAUGGAGAAGCAUAGCGACAAGAGCAAGCGUCUCCUGAAUCUCGUCUGCUUGAUUUUGGACAAGUUUCAUUUUGCAAAUAGCGAGGCUCAUGAGGAGAUUAGGGUUUCCGUUUUGAAAACCUUGUUUCCCAAGACAAUGGAGCUGAGAGUUUCUGAGUCUGAUAGCGUUAAUGUCAACGCCUAUGUGGCUACUGUGAAGGUUUUAAAGCUACUUCCCAAGGAGAUGAUGGACUCGAACAUAAAUCUUUUAAUCUAUGAAGUUUCCAAUCUUUUGAGGAAACCGAUGGAUAGCACACGUGAGGAUGCCAGAAAGGCUCUGGCUGCGUAUCUGAAGGAGCUUGGCCUGGAGGAUUACUUGCAACUUGUUGUUAGAAAACUGUCUUCUAUAUUAACAAAAGGAUCUGAGUUGCAUGUGCUGGGUUACACUGUCCACUACAUCUUAUCCAAGUGCCUGCCCAGUCCUACGGGGUGUAUGUUGGAUCAUUGUAUACAUGAUCUUCUUUAUGUGGUGGAAGCCGAUCUCCUUGGAGAUGUUGAUGAGGAGAAAGAGGGUAAGAAAGAUUCAAUGAACAAGAGGAAGAAGAAGAAGAUGGAAACGAGUAAACGCAAGUCACUUGAUACUGUGAAACUGAUUGCUGAAAAUGUAACGUUCAAACGCCAUGCAUUGACGUUACUUUCUCUCGUUACUAGGCACCUGGAGAGGCCUAUGACUUCGAAGUUAAAAUCCAAACUUGGGGAUAUUUUGAAGCAUAUUGCAGCUGGUAUUGAAAGUAACCCAUCUGUUGAUCAAGGAGAUCUUUUCAUUUUUAUAUAUCACCGUCUUGAAGAUCAAAUGUCUUCUCAAUCUCAACCAUCCAAAAAGAAGAGGAAAUCUUGGCAGCAUGUUCAAGAGACUUCUGGUACAAAUCCAUGUCCACAUAUCAUUACCGUGUUUGCUCUCAACUUAUUACACAACAGACUGAAGGAAAUCCAACCUAACAGUGUUAACGAAGAGCUGGUGUCUAAGUUGGAUCCGUUUGUCAAACUCCUUGUUGGUUGCUUGAGCUCUGUGUAUGAAGAUGUUAUCUCUUCAUCUAUAAAAUGUUUCACUGCAUUGCUAAGGCUUCAACUGCCUUCCUUCAAAUCUGAAGCAGGUAAAGUGAAAACCAAAGUGUUGGCCAUUGCCCAGUCUGCAGUGAGUUCCAAUAGUCCUCUUGUGCAGUCAACCCUUAAGCUGCUAACAGCUCUUGUCACCAGUGAUAACUUCAAAUUAACAUCUGAGGAGUUGAAAAUGUUGAUUCAGUUCUCUCUGUUUUCUGAUCUGGAAUCGGAUUCCUCUGUUGCUUCUCUUUCACUUCUUAUGGCCAUUGUGAGAAAGAGGCUUGAAGUUCCCAAGAUAUAUGAUAUCGUCGAUCAGGUUUCAAGGUUGAUGAUAACACAUCAGGAUAAAUCCAUCCGCAACAUUUGCGGUAAGAUACUGGUUGAGUUUUUGGUCAACUAUACACCUUCUGAGAAACGCCUACAAGGACAUUUUAACUUUCUGCAGACAAAUCUGAGCUAUGAACAUUCAACUGGAAGAGAGGCAGUUCUUGACGUUCUUGAAAAGCUUAUCGAUAGAUUCCCAAACCCUGAUCCCCGCAAGCAGUCAAAACCUUCUCUAGGCCACCAGUCAGUUCUUGACCAGCAGUCUCUAAACUUGUUUAUUGAGUUUGCUUGUCGUUUGGAAAUAGAAAAUGACAAAAACUUGCUGGUCAAGAUUUGUGAUGUGAUCAAGCUUCUCAUAGGUUGCAUGAGAAAUUAUAAUUCCAGUCUUGAGCUCUCUCUGGGUUGGUAUAAGCAGGAGAACUCACGGGUUAGAGCAGCAAAGGUGUUGGGAUUAUUCAUUGAAGCCAAAAAGUUUCCAGAGGAAGACUGCACUAAUAUAGUGUUGCAAGAGGCUAAAACGAUUUUGGAGUCUGCUGUAAAAUUGCAAAACACUGUUGAGGAAGGUAGUAUUCCCUUAUGGAAGGAAGCAUACAAUACUCUGGUUAUGAUAGAGAAGAUGCUUAAGCAGUUUCCGAAUUUAUGUUUUCAAAAAGACUUUGAGGUUGUUUGGACAAUGGUGUUUCAGUUGUUGUUGCACCGACACGAGUGGUUGCAAACUAUAACCUGCCGGCUCCUGAAUUAUUAUUUCAAGAGACUAGCUGUGUCUCCUCAAACUGAUUCUCUUCUUGGUACGCCAAGUAGCCUUUUCAUGGUAGCUGCUUCUCUUUGCUUCCAGUUAAACCUAAAGUUGGACCGCAACACAGUCAUCAACCAAAACAAUGAGGCAACUGAAGAAGAUUAUCUCAGAGAGAAUCUUGUUUUUUCUGUCACUGGUCUUCAUACAAUGAUAGGACAAACAGAUGAUGAGUACUGGUCAAGUCUUGACAAUGAUGAGCAAGGAAAGUUCAUGGAAGCCUUUCUAGUAUUUGAUUCAGGGAAAGUAAGGUCUACUUUUCUGGCUCUUACUUCUUCAGACAACCUGAAAGGUUCAGGCCAUGAUGAUGUAAGAAAUGUAUUGGUCGGAAGCUUGCUCAAGAGAAUGGGGAAGCUUGCGUUUGACGAGGACUCUCUUCAGAUGAGAAUUGUGUUCAACGUCUACAAAGAAUUUGCCUCAAACUUGACUCAAGAAGAGUGUCGCCUAUACGCCUUCAGAAUACUGCUUCCUUUGUACAAAGUUUGCCAAGGAUUUACAGGUAAAGUCAUCACAUAUGAUUUGGAACAGCUAGCAGAAGAGGUGAAAGACAGUAUAAGGGACAAGAGCUUAGGCGUUCAGAUGUUUGUGAAAGUCUAUAGGGAAAUCAAAAAGAGCUUGGAAGUGAAAAGGGAAAAGAGGAGGCAAGAAGAGAAGGUAAUGGCCGUGGUGAACCCUGAGAGAAAGGCAAGGAGGAAGCGCAAGUUAGCUUCGAAGAACAGGGCUAACAAAAAGAGGAGGAUGAUGAGGUGUAAAAUGGAUAGAUGGUUACGCUCUUGAGCUAACCAUAUUUAA